CGGGUCGCGUGGGCACUUGGGGGACUCUGCGCCGGUAAACUGUGCUGAGCUUGUGGAUUUCCCUUUCUUGCCGCCGUGGUUCCUCUCAGGCCGGCGCUUAUCCCUUUCCUCUUGCUUCGGGACCACCAUGUUUGUUCCCUGCGGAGAAUCGGUUCCCGACCUCGCGGGUUUCACCCUCCUGAUGCCAGCUGUGUCUGUUGGAAAUGUUGGCCAGCUUGCAGUAGAUCUGAUUAUUUCUACACUGAAUAUGUGUAAGAUUGGUUACUUCUAUACCGAUUGUCUUGUGCCAAUGGUUGGAAACAAUCCGUAUGCAACUGCAGAAGAAAAUUCAACAGAACUCAGUACAAAUGCUGAAGUAUAUUCAUUACCUUCAAAGAAGCUAGUGGCUCUACAGUUAAGAUCCAUUUUUAUUAAGUAUAAAUCAAAGCCAUUCUGUGAAAAACUACUUUCCUGGGUGAAAAGUAGUAACUGUGCCAAAGUUAUUGUUCUUUCAAGCAGUCAUUCAUAUCACCGGAAUGAUCUACAGCUUCGCAGUACUCCCUUCAGGUACCUACUUACACCUUCCAUGCAAAAAAGUGUUCAAAAUAAAAUAAAGAGCCUUAACUGGGAAGAAAUGGAAAAAAGCCCAUGCAUUCCUGAAAUAAGUGAUUCUGAGUUUUGUGUCCGUAUUCCUGGAGGAGGUAUCACAAAAACACUCUACGAUGAGGGCUGUUCGAAAGAAAUCCCAGUGGCAGUUCUGCUGAAAUUUGUUUCAGAAGGAGACAAUAUCCCAGAUGCAUUAGGUCUUGUUGAGUAUCUUAAUGAAUGGCUUCAGAUAAUCAAACCACGUAGCGAUGACCCCACAGCAUCUGCCUUGCCCUGGAAAAUACCAAGUUCUUGGAGAUUACUCUUUGGCAGUGGUCUUCCUCCUGCACUUUUUUGAUCUGUUUUCAGUUUUAUGCUUCAUGUCCCAAGAUACUUAUUACCAACCCAACUGUUAAACAACUAUGUGAAAAGUGAUAUUAUCUGAGAAUGUAUUAUGAAAUGAAUCUUUACUUUUCACAGAAAAUCUUAAAGAAAAAAGGUUGUUUUUGCCAUGACUUUCAUGACAUACAAAAAAUGUAAAUUUUGUACAAUAAAAUAUUUCCU